UACCCCUUUGGAGAAGCCUUCUAGCUUUUUAAGGUUAGGCUAGGAAUACGCACAAACAUUUUUGCACCUAAAAGAAAGAAGAAUUAUUGAAGGAAUGCUAAGAAUGGCAAACCUAAAAGAUGUGGCCUACCUUCAGCUUGUUGUUGUUGUAUUGGUUUUUGGUGUUGAAUUGAGGCAGGAGGUGCAAGCGGAUUCACCUUGCACAAGGGCCUGCCCUAAGGAAUGCUUGCAUCAGAAAUCAGAAGAUCCAGCGGUUUGUUAUUUCUCAUGUGUUGAUCGCUGCACAAAAGGGGAGAAUGCAGAAACGGGUGUUCACCAACCCCAAGGAAUGAAAGAAGAAACAAUCGGAACUGAUGAGACGAAGAAUACUAUACCAACAACCAAAGACAGUGACGUCCUCAAGGACCUCAUCAUCAGCAAUUAUGAUACCAAGCCACCCAGCACCAAACAACAUUAAUUCAACUGCUUAAACAUAAUUGUAAAUAUAUAUUUCUCAUAUCAAAUAUUGCAUGUUGUGCGAUUAAAUAACUGUUAAAUUCUUAAUGACAAAAAUA